AUGCCAAAAAGGGAGAAGUCGACAAAACGCGUCAAGUAUCGGCGACGUAUCAUCAAGGACAGUCGAAGACGAACGUCUCGAGCUAUUUUUGACGUCGACAAUGAAAACGAAUCACCGGUUCGCACGGUCGGAUGCUUGAUGUCAAGAAGGGCUCAGCUUUUGGACACAACGGUAUCGGAUACCGGUAUUUCGAGUCAAAAUCGGAAACGUGGAGCUGCAACAUUUGACAAAGCUGAGACGUUUUGUCGGUCGCUUUCGAGUCAAAAUCAACAGAUGGUCAAAAAAAGGAAACCGUCAACACGAGCAUUUACCGACAUACCGACAAUGAAAGACAGUAAAAAGCUGGAUCUCCCAUCUGUCAAAAAUGGAGUGGUACAAGAUACCGUCUUACCGGACGAAGCAGUAUCCAGUCAGAACGUCCUUAAUUGUGGACGAAUUCUCAAGCCGGUAAGUCAUAUACAAAAUGCCGGUACAGCAUCACGAAGACUCCGUUUACCCACAGUCCAGUCGAGCAAACAUCCGGACCUUAACGUGAUCACUCCAAAAACUGUGGCGAAAGUGAUCCAAGGCAAGUACGAGAACCACUUGGCACAAACGUUCCAGCUGCUGGACUGCCGGUUCCCUUAUGAGUUUCAAGGUGGAAGCUUGACAGGUGCCAGGUCAUUGUGUGACCCGAAAAAAAUGGAGAUGCAGCUAUUUUCGACGGCGACAACAACAACUUUUGACGACUCCAGACGUCCAGUCCUUAUUUUUUUCUGUGAGUUCUCGGCCACUCGUGGUCCCAAGAUGCUGCGUCAUGUACGCAACGUCGACCGCAGCUUACACGUGGACUCGUAUCCAGAGCUCUACUAUCCCGAGUUGUACCUUAUCGAGGGUGGCUACAAGCACUGCUUUGAAACGCUGCGACAUGAGCUCUGUGCACCUUUGGCGCUGUACGUGGCGAUGGGAGACAAACGGUUUACUGAGAUGUGCCGCCACGAAUUUGCAGUCUGGAAACGAAGCUGGAAAUUGCAUCGAACGGUUGCAAAGUGUGUGGAAAAAGUGAAGAUGUCGGAAAAGGUCAGCAGCUGUUGUGAUCAAGCUCGUUUGACUUUAUCUGGCGUCCGCUCGCUGUUUCAAGAGCUGUAA